AUGAACUAUAUACCUAUUCAGCCCAAUUCUCCUGAUACUCUUCCUGUUCCCAACGUCCAAGGUGUUUGCGAUAAUACUUUCAGCAAUGCCCUCGCCAAUAACACUCAUAGACAUAUUCACAACAACGAUAAUGACGCUUCGAAAAUCGGUAUAACCAAAAGAAUAAGAGACGAACUAAAAUUUAAUGAUGAUAGACUAUGGAAACGAUUCUCUGCAAGAAGAUUAGAGUUGAUAGAUUCCUUCGAUUUAUCCUCUAAAAAGGCUUCUGAGCAGGACAACGACAUUAAAAAAGUAGCAAACACUUUACGAAUUGAAUUUAAUUACGAUCUAUCAAAUCUAGAUCUAUUUGAUAAGUUAGUAAGAGCUGCAAUUCAAAGUGUUCGAAGAAAUAGAAAGAGAUCUUCAAAAUUUAAAUCCUUUAUUAGUAACAACAAUGAUGAUGAUUAUAAUGAUAAUAAUUACAUUAACCAUAGAAGCAACAAUAAUAAUAAUGUCAACAAUCUAAAUAUUAAUAUAACUAAUAACGAAAACAACUCUUUAAAAAGAAAAUCUUCCUUCUUAUCCGAAUUCACCAAACUCACUGAUCUCUCUUCCUCCACCGACUAUUCCAAUGAAACUUACUCAAAAAAAAAAAAUUUUUCCAGUGAAGACUUUAUGAGUAUGAACGUAAAUAAAAAUAAAAAUAAAAACAAAAACUUGAAAUUGCCUUCGAUUUCUUCACUAGAAUCUGCUGGCAAAAUUUCCUUGACUGCUGCAUCUGCUAGAAUUCAAUUGUUAUCAAUUUUCCAAAAAUCAAAAACUUGUUUAGAUUCAACAGCGAAAUAUUCAGAAAAUCUCACUUUUAUAGGAAAAAGUGUAAUUCCAAUUGUAAUCUCUUUUAUUUUAGAGAGAUAUUUCACCGGUAUAAGCUUAUCCUCAAUCGAGUAUAUUAGGUUAAAACUAACUUCUGACUACCAAUUGGCAAAGCUAAUAAGAACUUUAGACAAGAGUCCCGAUAUUCAAGUUUUGCCAGAUUCUAUUGCUUCAUCUUCCUUAUAUCAAUUAAUCGGAGCUUCAAUUAAAGAUUUUGGAUUUGACUGUAUAGUGAAACCAUUUGGUGAAAUCUUCCAUGAAAUUAUAAUUCGGGACUUCCCAUUAAUAUCAAAUAAUAAUCACAAUAAAUCAUAUUAUUAUUAUGAUGAUGAUAAUGGUUCCAAAUUAUCUACCAUUAAUCGAGACAAAGGUGCUCAAAUCACCACUAGAACCAGCGAUGAAAAAGCCUUGAAUUCGUUAGCAUUUACAUUAUCAAGUUUAAAAACACCAUUCACUAAGUUAGUUUCGUUAAAAUUUUUCAAUAAAGUGAUUUAUUUCAGCUUUAAAUAUUUAAAUUCUGCUACUCCCACAUUAUUUGAGAUUCUUAAAAACGGUAGUAGCGCAUUUCAUAUUAAAUUUGAAGAAUUAAAGUUAAGAGACUUGAAUUGUGAAGGAAAAUUAUUAAAUAAUGAUUUUGAAGUUGAAAAAAGCUUCAAGAAACAUGGUAAUGUUGAAUUUGAAUUGUUUUAUCCCAACAAUAAUACUACCCAUGAACUGACAGAGGAUUAUGAUAUUUCUAUCAAAAAGAACAAUGGCAGUAAUAAUAGCAGGAGUGAUGGUAGCAUCAACAAGAUUAAUGCAAAUAUUGAUAUUGGUUUAUAUAAUCAAACAGAAACCGGUCGUGAUAAAAAUCCAGAGACUCUCUCUUCAAUGACAGAUUUGAAUUCCAAAUACCCCUUUAGUAACAGACCACAAGAGAGAAAUUAUAACAAGUACAGUGUAUACUACAAACAGCAAAACGACUACAAGUACUACAAAAGCGAUGAAGAGGAGGAUGUGGAAAUGUACAACAGCAACAGUCAAGAUUCCAAUGAAAACCAGCCAAACAGGAAGAAAAAUUUCAUUCCUCCUCAUUUUGAGCCUUUAUUAUAG